AUGGCACUAGGAUUUUGUUUAGGAGGACUAGCUUCCUUCCUCUUAGGCCCAUCCAAAUUUUUUCACAUUCCAUCUAAUUCAUAUAUCAUUGGAAUAUCCUUGCUGGUAAUGGGAUUUAGUGGACCUCUUACCUUCGUGCCUUGUAUUCCUGAAGUAAUGGAUAAGAUGGAGAAAAUAUUAAUCAAUUUCUAAUACGAUAAGAAUCUUUUGGCAGAUAAAUCAUCAGCUCUAUAUGUUGCUAGUUAUUCAUUUGGAUUAAUUAUAUCACCAAUCCUUGCUGGAUAUCUUGCAGAUUAAUAUGGUAUCAACAUUGCAUGUGGGCUUCUUGGAGCUGGAUCUUUUGCAUUUGCUUUACUUUUGAUCUUAGUAUCAACUAAAACUCAUUAUUAAAAUUACCUCUAGCUUGAAAAUUUAAGCCAUUAAUAAGAUAUACAACCAAAAAACAAUCUACAAGGUAAUUGA